UGUCUCUGGAAGACUAACUGACCACACAUUACCUGCAGUAGCUGCUGUUUCUCUCGUACGUUACACACAUUAUACAGUGAGGCAUGAGCUCAAAUACACUUUCUGCCGUGUUAGAGAAGCAGAUUCACUGCCUGUGUCUGAAUGACUUCCCUUGUGGAUACGGCAGCUGGAGAAAGACAGGAUACGGUACAGGGGGAGCAGAGACGGAGGAGACAGACGCCCUCCUGGAUCUGCUGAGCUGCCCUCACUCUCCAUGGGUGUAUGAUGAAUCGUGGAGCCCUCAAGCUCCGGCCCUGAGACAGCUGGCCGUGCUGGCACCUGAACGGCUGCACGCUGGCUUCAUAUAUAAUUACUUUACUACACUUCGCAUUGUGGACAAAGGCGUAUCAGUCAUUGACAACGGCCUGUUAAAGUUCUCAAAGCUGGAGGAAUUGGUGCUGAGUGCCAACAAAAUCUCAGAUAUCCCUGCAGUAAACCUUCCCAACACCUUGAAGAUAUUGGAGCUACGUGCCAACCAGUUGUCUGCUCUUAACAGUCUAACCAGCUGUCCGCCUCCUCGCCUACGCUACCUCGGCCUCGGCUCAAACAACCUGCGUACCCAUGAAGACGUCUCUCAUCUCACAGGAAGACACUGGCCGCUGCUGGUGUGUCUGGACCUGAGUGACUGUGAGUUUCAGGACCAGCAGGCCCUGCUGAACGCCUUGAGCACGCUCCCCUGUCUCAGGACGCUGGUGCUGGAGGGUAACCCCUUCAUUCUUGCGUGCUGCUACCCGGGCUUCACCGUGGACAGUCUGCCACAGCUCUCUUGCCUGGACGCCUCAUGGAUCUCCCCUGAGGAAAGACAUUGUUUCAGGGGCAUGGCCAAGAUGAGUGAUCUAAUAGUGGACCGGGCAUCCGCCACAGUGAGCAUUGGAAGGAUGAGAGGAAUCCCAGACCCGUUAUUGAGUGCUGAUGAAAACACUCCGGACUUCCCUGUUGUCACCUACAGCUAUUUUAUCACAUACGAGUUCCUUAGUCGUCAAACACCCGUAAACCUGAAAUUGGAAAGUGAGUCUAAAUUUGAUGCCGCAGCCAUAACACACGUGACAGAUGGCGGCUCCAGUGAUGCUGACUUACAAUCAAACAAGAAAGAAACCUCCAAACUUCACAUACGUGACUUGAUGUGUACUGAGGACACCUGCCGUGAUACUGCACAUGUGUCAAGACAUUGCACAUCAAAGCUGACAUGGUCUGGGUCCAUGGACGUCAGUGACACACAAACAUACAUUGUUAGAGAUCUGAGAGGCUUAAAGAGAUUUCUCAAUCAAGGACUUUACCUUAGUAUAGAGGAGGAAAAGGUCUUAUCGUGGCCUGCAGUUUCUGAAGACAUCACAGUGGCCAAACCCAGCCAGACUGGAAAAGAAAAGAAAGGCGCUAAAGGGAAGGAGUCUCCAAUCAAGUCUGGCUCCACCAAAGACAAGUCUAAAGACAAAAAGAAGAAAUCUUUACCAGAGCUGGUCCAGGACACCCCCAUCAGAAGAAUCCUUGGUUCUGUCCACGUCCCCUUGCAAAGCCUCGUCAAAAGAGGUCAAAAGGUCAAUGUCCUAUGUGACUUCGGUGUUUUGCACACAGAGUCGGAGGUGGAAGCUAUGCAGACCCUUGAAAAGGGGCCAGGAAAGAAAAUCAAAGAGGAUAAGAAGAAGGAGGAAAAGGAAUCAAAGCAUAGAAGAGGCAGUGAUACUAAACAGAGGAAUACAGAAUCUUCAAAAGGCAAAGGAAAGGGAAGGAAGGAAUGCGAGAUGGAUGUCCCUACAGACAACUUUGUGUCUGUGCAACUGGAACCAGUGACUGUGGAGUUGAGCGUGGAGCUGGAGAAAUGGCAGUCUGCGUCUGAAGCUCAUCAAUUACUGCUUCUACACCAAAACUCCCAAAGCAAGCAGCCUGUUUUGUCUUAA